AUGGUUGCUAAAUUAUUGGCAGUUCUAGUAUUUCUGGUGGCUACUUCUGUACUGCUAUCAAGUGAAGUAGCGCGAUGGGAACCGCUAAAUAUUGGAAUUAUCAGGAAGAAAGAGAUGCAUGGUUUAUCAUCAACAAUAUUGGAUAGUUUACGAUCCGCCGUUAUGCAAAUGCAAUCGUUCAUAAAUAUAUGGCAUCUCCCGGAAGACGAUAGAUUGAGCGCUAAAAGUUUGACAUCAUGUGUCUUGCACCACUACCCGCCAACUGGAGAAUUCUUCAUGGAAACAGUACACAGCUGGAAAAAAUUGAACCCGCUUGAUAUUACAAAAGAUGUCAACUUGAAAUUUUAUGGUGUCAACUUUUUACUUUUUUUACAGGUAGAUCUUCAAAAAUGUCAUGCAGAUGAUGGUUUACUUGCUGCAGCUACACCUUGUACUCUUAUCGGUAAUAAUCGUCCAGCAGCUGCCCGAUUGGUAUUGUGUCCACUAAACCAUCGAUGGAACUCUUUUCGCGCCAUUACUGACCUAUUUCGCCACGAAAUAAUGCAUGCUUUGGGCUUUGGCUUAAUAAUCCCUGGAGAUAGUUUAUCUUCCAUUCCGACGACACGAAAAUUCUUUUGGACUGAUGAAUCCUCUAGUCAGCGAGUAACUGCAACCUACAUGGAUUUUCAGGACGAUGCAGUGGUCGAAGCAAGAAAACAUUUCGGUUGUCAGAAUUUGCAUGGCAUUGAAGCAGAUGGUGACGAUAAAAUACAUCUCAGUGAAUACAUUUAUGGUGUAAGAUUUUUGACUAUUAUUAACUGA